UUAUGAAUUUUUUUAUAAGUGGCUGUGUUUAUCGUGUUGUCUGGUUACUGUCUACUGUUAAUAUUAUUAAGGAGCAUUUCAUUGAGCAGUUCCGACGUUUUAUAUUUGAAGAAUAAUUCAGGCUUCUGUGCCCCCUCAGUUUUAUUUUAAAGAAUUUUAUUUUAUUAUAAAUGCGUUUUUAAUAAAUCCUGUUUAUACUUUUCCGUUCGUUAAACUCAACUAAAUGCUAAUUUUAAAUUUUGCAACAUUUAUUUUCAUUUGCUCUGUUGACUGAUAUUUCUGCUGUUCACUUUUCCACUUAAUGAUGUGACAUUAAAAAAUAUUAAAAAAUAAAUCUUUAUUUCUCCAAAAUUUUGAAUUCAUUUAUUAAAGAUAAAUUAUAAUUAAAAAUAAUUUGCUAUUCCAUCCAUCGUGUACUCCUUGGUAAUUAAAACAUAAUUCCAUAGUCAUGACUGAACCUCUAUUUAGUGAACACGGCCGAAAAUGGAAGAAAAGACCAUAUCCUCCUGUAUUUAAUGGUUUAGGAUCCGGUGAAGAUAAAAACAAUGAUUACUUGUGUCCCAUAUGCUUUGAAAUGAUAUCUGAAGCUUAUAUGACAAAAUGUGGGCAUACUUUCUGUCAUGAUUGUAUAUCCACUAGCUUAGAAUACAAUAAAAGAUGUCCCAAGUGCAAUUUGUUGAUAGAAGGUGUUUCUGACAUAUUUCCUAAUUUUUUAUUAAAUGAUCUUAUAGCCAAAGAAAAGAGCAAAUAUCCAUUUGACAACAAAAAGAAAUGUGCAAAUGCGCUUCAAAAUUCUAGUAACUUAAAUGAAUUACAGUCAUUCCUUUCCCGGGAAAAAGGCAAUCUAACGAUAGAAGAAAUUAAUGCCAUGUUAGAAAUUUUAGGGCAAAAAAAGCAACAGCUGGAAGCAGAUUGCAGGGAAACUCAAAUACUUCUACUUAAAGAAUUUUUAGCAACGAUCAAAGCUCAAAAACAAGAAGAAUUGAAACUAAUUCAACAACAGAUUAAAAUUAUUGAGAAAGAUUCUGCUGCUGUAGAGGGCAUGUUAGCUGCUCAUACAGUAAGGCAUCCACAAAAUCCACCCAUUCUUCAAAACAAUCUUCAUCCAAAAAUUGAACCUUCUACUUCCAAUAAUGUAAUUAUGUCUACUUCCAAUAAUGUAGUUAUGCCUGCUUCCAAUAAUGUAGUUAUGUCUACUUCCAAUAAUGUAGUUAUGUCUACUUCCAAUAAUGUGGUAUCUAGUUUAUGUAGCUCAAAGCAAGAUGGCUUCAAUGGAAGUAAAUAUGUUAGUAAAUUAUUCACAGCUCCAACUUUAGCCGCACGAAGAAAAAGAAUGCAUGAACAUAUUGAAGAUUUGAAGCAGAGUUACCUCACUUAUCGCUCAAAAGAUAUAUUUUAUUCUAAUGGUGAGAUGACGGGGAAUGGACUAGAAUUAUUUGAUCAAGAUCUUAGUAAAUUCGGUCGUUUUAAUUCUGUCCGGCCAUUAGCAACUUUAAAUUAUUCUUCAGAUACUUUUGUUGGUUCUAAUAUAGUAUCCAGUAUAGAAUUUGAUAAAGAUAAUGAAUAUUUUGCUAUAGCUGGAGUAACAAAAAAAAUCAAGGUCUUUGAGUUUGCUUCUGUGAUUCGGGAUGCCAUUGAUAUGCAUUAUGCAGUUAAUGAAAUGACUUGCAAUUCAAAAAUUAGUUGCAUAAGCUGGAGUUCUUUCCAUAAGAAUAUGCUAGCAAGUAGUGAUUAUGAAGGCACUGUCACACUAUGGGAUGCUUUUACGAGUCAAAAGCUAAAAGCGUUUCAGGAACAUGAAAAGAGAUGUUGGAGUGUUGACUUCAAUAAGGUGGACACUCAUUUAAUAGCAUCUGGAUCGGAUGAUGCUAAAGUAAAAUUGUGGGCUACUAAUAUGGAACACUCUUUUGCGACUCUAGAAGCAAAAGCUAAUGUAUGUUGUGUGAAAUUUAAUCCUGAUAGCCGAAAUUAUUUAGCUUUUGGUUCUGCAGACCAUUGUGUCCAUUAUUAUGACUUAAGAAAUGCAUCGCAGUCCGUAGAAGUUUUUAAAGGACACAAGAAAGCAGUUUCUUAUGUAAAAUUUCUUAAUGGCAAAGAAAUUGUUUCAGCGUCUACAGAUAGCCAAUUAAAACUUUGGAAUGUGAACAAUUCUUACAGUUUAAGAUCAUUCAAAGGUCAUUUAAAUGAAAAAAAUUUUGUUGGACUUGCAACAGAUGGGGAUUUUGUUGCAUGUGGUAGUGAAAAUAAUGCAUUGUAUAUAUACUUCAAAGGUCUUUCAUCUCAAGUUCUCACUUAUAAAUUUGAAGCCAUAAAGAGUAUACUUGAAAAGGAUAAAAAAGAAGAAGAUUCAAAUGAAUUUGUUAGUGCUGUUUGUUGGAGACUGGGCUCCAAUGUUGUUGUAGCUGCCAAUAGUCAAGGAAAUAUUAAAAUUUUGGAAUUGGUAUGAAGAAGACGGAACUUGUAUAAACUGUAUAUAAUUGUUACAUCUGUAAAAAAUUAUUUUAUUCAUGAUGUGCAGUAAUAUAUAUAUGGCAGCUAUAAAUUAAUUCCAUGGCCAUUCUAAUUUGUUUCUGCCAAACAUAAAAUGUAUAUUGAAUUUUUAAAAAUAUUCUUUUCAAACUGUUGAUUAUAAACACCAAUAAAGAUUUAUUGUUCUGACUAA